UGAAGCUGGUUCCUGGCCCUGCUGUCUGUAAACCUCCGCUUCAUGUUUUUGGUGGGCAAGUCACCUCCAAACUUCCACCUCCUAUGGCGGCUAGCCUGAGGGAGUCCCCUUUCCCGCCCUGUACUGCCACCUCGAGCAGCGACACGGACGACGAGGGCGUGCGCGGCACCUGUGAAGAUGCUUCUCUGUGCAAGAGGUUUGCAGUAAGCAUCGGCUACUGGCAUGACCCUUAUAUCCAGCACUUUGUGAGACUGACUAAAGAGAGGAAGGCCCCUGAAAUUAACAGAGGAUAUUUUGCUCGAGUCCAUGGUGUCAACCAGCUUAUAAAGGCAUUUCUACGGAAAACAGAAUGUCAUUGUCAAAUUCUCAACCUUGGGGCUGGGAUGGAUACCAUUUUCUGGAAACUAAAGGAUGAAGAUCUACUUCCAAGUAAAUAUUUUGAAGUGGACUUUCCAAUGAUAGUUUCCAGAAAGCUGCACAACAUCAAAUACAAGCCUCCCCUUCUCAACCCCAUUGUAGAAUUACAUUCAGAGGAUACAAUUCAGAUAGAUGGACACAUGUUGGAUUCAAAAAGAUACGCCAUUAUUGGAGCAGACCUCCGACAUAUACCUGACUUGGAAGAGAAACUAAAGAAAUGUAACAUGACUACACAAUUGCCAACACUCCUGAUAACUGAAUGUGUGCUGGUUUACAUGACUCCGGAGCAGUCUGCAAACCUCCUCAAGUGGGCAGCCAACAGUUUUGAGACGGCCAUGUUGAUAAACUAUGAACAGGUGAACAUGGGUGAUCGAUUUGGCCAGAUCAUGAUUGAAAACCUGCGGAGACGACAGUGUGACCUGGCAGGAGUAGAAAUCUGCAAGUCAUUAGAGUCACAGAAGGAACGGCUCCUGUCGACGGGGUGGGAAACAGCUUCAGCAAUGGACAUGAUGGAGCUGUACACCAGGUUACCGCCAGCUGAAGUGAACAGAAUAGAAUCGCUUGAAUUCCUGGAUGAAAUGGAGCUUCUUGAGCAACUCAUGCAGCAUUACUGUCUUUGUUGGGCAACCAAAGGAGGAAGUGAACUAGGUUUGAAGGAGAUAACUUAGUCUGAUGAAGGCUCACGCUGAGCCAGACACUGACACCACCAGCCUUCCCGGAGGAGCUACGCUGAGCUCCCUGAGUGAUGGCCAGGCCGAGGUACUGAUCUCAUCCCACACUCUGAGAAACCUCAGUUAUGAAGGUCGUCACUCCUGUUUCUGUGGACUUGUUGUUUAAAUAAAUCUCAGUUG